GGCUGUUUUACGCUUGCUCCUGCGAGUCUCCUCUCUUCUCGCGCCAUGUGAUCCUCCGAAAAGCCAACAAUAAUAACACAAAAGCAAAUCUUCGCUAGUUCGCAUAGAUUACACCUCAAUUCAUGGAAAAUCAGGUAAGCUUGGAGCCCAGAAAUACCCUGGCGAACAUCGCAAAUCCUGCGAUACAAACAAUAAUAAAAGCGAGGAGCGCGGACCGGAACUCGGCCGGUAAAGCAGAAUUAUCCUUCCUCUUCACCCCCUCCGCGCCCCUUGCCGUAUGUCAGCGUAAACAGGUCGAGCUCGAGAGAGGGCUGCUGCAUUCUGCAAAGCAAAGCGAGCCGUGGUCGACAUCAGUCUGCGGCGAUUCGUGUAACCCCGUACGCGUUCCAUCCCCGAUGGCGUCCAAUGUGCUCGGCCUUCGUGGUUCUUCAGGCCAGCGUCAGUCGAGACACCGCCUCACCGGGGCCCGCUGUAACUUGUGACCAGAUGAAGAUGAAACGCUGCACGAAGCUCGAUGUCAUCAACGCGACCGUCGAGUCCUACCUGAAGCGUCGCCGUUACCAGGAUACGGACGUAUUCAAGAAACCCGAAAGGGCCAACUGCCGCAGCAGUGAGGAGAUGACAUUGAGCGUUACAGCAGAGUGCGGUACUUCCAGAGACAACUCCAUUGUCUUCAGCGCCAUUUCCAAUGAUGUUGUGGCUGCGGAUCAAGCUUAUCAGAAGCUCAAACACUGUAUUAAUGGACUGGCGAACGAGAAGCUCAGGAUGGAACUACGGGGUAUCCUCUAUCCUGUAUUCUGUCAUCUCUACCUGGAAAUGCUUCAUGCUGGCAAUCGUCAGGCUGCUGUGCAGUUCAUGAGAAGCUACCAGGGAGACUUUACAUCUGACACAGAGAAGGACUUUCUGGAUGAGCUUUCCAGUGUCUUCUCCAUCCAGGAUAUAGAACUGAGACCACUCGUCAAUGUCUUUAGAACACGAAAGUACAAGGUCGACUUGUCUGAUGAGGCGCACAUAAUCCUGCAAAAGUUCCUCACCAAGUACGGCCAUGUCAUACUGAUGCAGGUAAUCAACACACACGUGACAGUAAUAAAAAACCUGUCAGAUCUCUACGCGAGCGUUGACGAGAAUGAAGAGGACAGCGAAAAGAAGGCCGACGUUACGAUAAAUGGCCAUGUCGAGCAGCCCUGUGGUACUGGCGUCGAUCGCGAGAUGCGUGAGCUCCAGGAGGCCAUCAGAUUGAUGAGGAACACCGCGCAUCAACCGCUUCGGAUAUUCACAGUCAACAAUGCCAUAGAAAACGCGAGUUGCGGUAUCAUCACACCUAACAUGGACAAGCUCGCCGCGGGUUUCAGUACGGCGGAGAUCAGACUUUGGGGAAUCGGCGAGACGGUGCUCACGAGGCCAAGGUUCAGGAAUCCCAGUAUUGCACUCGCUUGUGAUCCUUCGCCCUCUGUAGAAAUUCUGGAUGAAGAUGAAAUAGAUGAAGCUGGGGCAGUCGUACUCAGGGGUCAUUCGGACGUUAUUCACGACAUGAGAUUCAUUCCUGAGCCUGAAAUCCUUCUCUCAGUAUCAAGUGACAAAGAUAUGAGGGCUUGGAGACUUAACGAUUAUACUUGUGCAGCAGUUUAUAGCGGUCACAAUUAUCCUAUUUGGUGUAUGGAUACCAGUGUAUUUAAUUUGUACAUAGCAACUGGUUCUCAUGAUAGAACAGCCAAACUAUGGUCGUUAGAUAGGACUUUUCCACUUAGGAUAUAUGCCGGUCAUUUCCUGGAUGUAAACUGCGUAAGGUUUCAUCCUAACACUCAGUACUUGGCAACUGGAUCCUCUGAUAAGACUGUUAGACUUUGGAAUAAGGACGACGGCAAUCUUCUGAGAGUCUAUGUUGGGGCUCAGUCGACCAUUUUUAGCGUUGCCUUUAGUCCUGACGGAAAGUACUUGGCAUCUGCCGGCGACGAUAAAAGUAUAACGAUAUGGGAUUUAGCGACAAACGCCGUGCUGACGGAAUUGAAAGGUCACCAGGACUCGGUAAUGAAUUUAGAUUGGAGUUCCGAUGGCGAAUUUAUUGCAAGCUCUAGCUUAGAUGGUAUCGUACAUCUUUGGUCGACUCAAGAGUGUAUAAAAACAGGAAAUGUCGGUUCAUCGAAUCCUACGUCAACUGCCAAUCCUCAGAUAUACACGACGAAUUGUUCAAGUAUAUUGUCUCUACGCUAUUACAAUAAGAACAAUUCACUCGUAUGCAUCGGCACGACGUAACUUUUCCUCAAGCAGCAUACCGUCGAACUGAGAAAACUCAGGUAACAAAAUAGAGGAGCCAUGUGUCCUGUCUUCGAUAACGAGCUAAGUAAGGUUCCAUAAUAUCGAAAUAAUGGUACCAUGGUGGCUGUGAAAAAACUUUAUUAGUAUUCUCAUGAUAUAUCUUGUUCUUGUUUAAGAGAACUUGUAAAUAAAAACUAUGUUUUAAGAGUGCACAUCCGAAGAGAAAAGUAAAAGUAACUAAUACAAAAAGUGUUAAAGUGGUAUUGAAAGACGAUAUUUCCUUUAACGUGUAUAAGUAAUGGAGAAGUUGUGUAAAGUUUGUAUAAAAACAACAAAUGAGUUUUGCGGGUAUGCAAGUUUUGCAUGAAAUUUUGCUUGCGCAUAUAACGAAAUCAUUUAAUAUGCUAGUUUUCCUUUUCGUAUCAAAAGCCGCUUUAAAAAAGGUUCUGAAUGAAUAUGCAUAAUUGUUUAAAUCAUCUCAGCCUUUGUUGUAAUCGGUGGUUACAAAUAUUUUAAUUAAAUUUCUUGGUUUUUCUUAACGAACGAGUAAUUGAUUUUCUUGUAAUAUAAAGCAACGUCGUUAAAAUAAAAUUCAAUGAUUGUAGUUGACCUAGUUCUUAAAAUGUGUAAAAAUGAUUGUUGACGUUAUUCUAAUACAUUGUGAUUGUAUUAUGAGUUUCAAAACGGUAGACAAUGUUGCAUAAUAGUACGAUUAUUUACAACCAGCUCUUUUAAUCAAUGUAAAAAUGUUGGCGUAAAACGUUCAAAGAAAGAUCGAUAUUAAACUUCUAAGUGUAACACUAAAGAGUGUAGAUAUUUCAGUUUAGAAGGGUGAAUUUUCAUUUCUAGAGUUUCUGCCAACGCAUACACACUGCCUACCUUUAACUGAAGGUCAUAAUCAAUUUUGAACUAUUGUAACAACCAGCUUGUAAAUAAUGAGUAACGUGGGAUUGUUAAUAGAUUUACGUAGUUUUUUUAUUAAUAAUUUAAAAGAUAAGUAAUUUGUGUACGCGGUGGAGAUCAUGAUCAAAAAUAUUUUCAUACAUCUGGUACAUAACCCAUAAAACAUUAAAAAAGCCGGUCUGAUCGAAUCUCCGAAUUGUUCAAUUCAUUUUGUAUAUUUAAAUUUGUAAUAUCAGCAGUUCACAUUUUUCUGGUGUUCUCUGUACGAUUUUGUACUUAAUGCAUGGCAAGAAAAUUCAAAUAUAUAAAGCAGUGUAAAGAAAAAAAAAAUUUAA